UGAAAAUACACGUAAAAUGGCUUGGCGUGUGGUUCUUAUAUUGCUGUUGGUUAGUGACUCAUUUGGCACAUCAAAUUUUCCUAGCUCAUCAAUGAAGCAAAUAAAACCAAGAAAUUCUCCGAAUAAUACACUCUGCAUGUAUUCAAGAUAUAUGUUAUAUUAUUUCAACUUAAACAAUAUUGUUUUUAAAAAGAAAUUCGGAGUAAGCUUAGACAAUCUGAAUUAUGAUUUCAAGAAACUUAAUAUACCGCUGGGCCUCGCAGAACUAUAUGAUGAAUAUCUUCUUUCUCAGGGAAAAAUUGUUUUGUUCAUGCUCGAUGACCUCAGAAAACAAGUGGGAGCGCCAAAUUUCAAACCACCGGACGUUCUAAUGCAAGUAAAUUUGUACUUAAAUAAUUUGUCGGGAACUACUUGCGUGAACAUCAAAGAAAACGGCAACACACCUAAUUAUGCUUGGGGAUACGCGUUCUUUUACACAAAAAUGACAGAAGCGCUUACGACGUUUAUACGAAAUCGUCAAUGCUAUUAUCAAACAAAUCCUAUUGUUCAGGAUAAUACAGAAAUGCCGGAAAAAUUGAGAAAAAUUAACCUAUUGUUAGCCAAACAAUGGCCAUUAAAUACGGAAGUCUUAAGCGAGAUUUUGUCGACACUAGAGCAUAAUAAAAAAGAAUUGGAAAUUUUUUUUCAGACGACGAUGAAUGGCGUAACUUAUAAUGACUUUAAUCCCGAACAUCUACUAUUUAAGCCAUUGCUGGUAAACGAUCCCAUGGAAUUAAGCGAUAUUGAAUUUAAGGAGGGCAGACCGAUUAUACCGCGUAAUGUAAUGACAAGUUAUAAAUUAUACCAAAGAGGUUUUGCGAGUACAUAUGACUUAUUGACACUCGUGCGAGGAAUCUUUCAUCAAGAUUACGUUAUUUUAUUCCAGGAACAUGUAAUAGCCGCUGUUUUACAUCCUGUUUUUUUAUACUAUGGUACAUAUCUCAUGGUCUUAAAGAAAUUGCAUCCAGCCUAUAAAAUAGGUGAAGAAAAUUUAAGUGACCAAGUCAUGAAAGUAGAAAAUAAUGACCUCAAGACGCUGGAGAACCAAGAGAAAUCAGAUCCAGAAAAUAAGUUACAUGAAGACGAAGAAGGAUUUCAAAGCUACGAUAAGCAUAAAGAAAAAUUAACGAAUCAAAUCUUAAAAUUAAGAUAUAGUUUCGAGUCGUUAAUUAAUAUGAAAUUUUUUCCCACGAUCGUGCAAGAAUACCUUCAAAUGGUUUCAAACAAAACCGCUGAACUACAAUUGGAAACACUUAAAGAACGGGAACAUAUAAACCCUGGAGAGUUCUACACGCUUAUAAAUUUUAUUUAUGAUAAGAUCUAUGGUCUAAUGAAAUUAUAUAACCUUCAAUAUUCGAUUAACGUUGAAUUCGAUAUUAAUGAUGAUGCCAGUAUAAUAAAUGAGCUCGAUAACCUUGAUACAAAUAUCAAUGAUGCCUGUGAUUAUGUUCAAAAUCUAAAAGGAUACGAAUAUGUAUUCCAGAAAGCAUUCGCAAUUUACGACCAUGCAAAAAUGAUAAUGCCUGACACUGUGUUUGAUGGUCCAAGAUACUCCUCGUCGAGGAUAGUAAAUACGCGUCCAUUAGGUUAUGUUGUUGUUAUUAACGAGAUUAUCGAACGUCUAACAAUCAAACUUAUCAAUACUUAAACUUAUAGAUUUAAAUGCAUUAUAUUUUAUGUUCUAUCUUGAUUAAAAGUUAAAACAAUGUUUUAAAAAAUG